AUGAACAUCCACGAUCGCCGCAUGGACAUCACUGCGCUCUGUUGCAGCACCGACAAGAGCUUCCCACUUGAGGACCUUGGCACUGAAGCGUCGUUGUCACCUCAACGCGUCGAUUUUGCACGUAAAAUCGAAAGCCCAACGAACGAGCAGCAGCUUUCAAUGGAUGUAUUUUCGACACCGACUGCUAUGACAAGUGUCUGGAGGGAGAGCGCUUUGCUGUCAAAGAAGCGCUCACGGCGGCUGUCCAAUAGCGAGCGUGGGAAGCUCUACCGCUCGCGUCGGAAGACUUACGUUCAGACCCUUGAGGAACAAGUCGAACAGCUGAAACAAGAGGUGGGUCAACUCCAUUUGUGCGAACGGACGCGACCGCAGCAAGUUAAUGGUUACCCACUUGCACGCCAACCCAUGGGCACAACGUUUGCCAAUAUCGUGAACGAAUACUUUUCGCUCUUCAAGUACGGGGUACCAGUUACCGAGCAAGGUGGGGCCUUGGGCAUGCAUCAGGACCAGCUACUGUUGUCGUUUCGACAGGCACGCUAUCUGAAUGGCCUCAUGCAUUCAGACGUGGUGUUUGGAGACUCGUACGGUGUCCGGGAGCUCUUGGAUCAAUGGAAAAAGUACUCGCGGAACCAUGCAGGACUGCGGUACGAAGUCGAGUCGAUGCAGCUCUUGACGGCAUUUCCAAACCCGGUGGUGCUUGCACCUGCUACACUAUACGUGCGCUUUACACGACGCACUAUUGAGAAGAUCUUUCCUCACGUGCUGUGGAAUGAGGGGCUCGUGCAGCGCCUUAUCGGCACCGAGUUUGCUUACUCAGUGGGUAACACCUUUUACUUUGGUGAUGACAACAAGAUCCACCGGUAUGACACGCACGUGGAUUUUGUAGCUGCUUUCGUUAACGUGCUGGGUAACAUUGAGGACAGCAUGGCUAUGAUGGAGAGCGCACUGAUCCGAAGGGGGUCUAUGAUCGGUGGUGACCUACUUGAUGAGCCGCGCUACGUCGAGGCUGAAACGACACAGGGUGUUGAGACGAUGGGUGGAGAAGUAAGGGGUACGACUCGAUAUCCGUGA